CGAGAUGCUGAGCCGAACUGGGGAGGCAGUGCAAAACCCCUCGCCUUGUUGGUGGUGGUCCAUCGCAGCUUUGUGGGGUUUUUUUUCCCCCUGAGGGGCACUGUAGCAGCUGAAACCGAUUUCUCUUCAUCUGCAAACACACACACACACGCACACCAUACUCCCUGUCUGAUUCACCCUGAACCCCCCAUCUGCAUCUGCUCCCCAUCGCUGUGGGAGCCUGUCCGGCUGAGAUUCUGCACCCCAUUCCCCGAGUUUGGAACAGCUUGCGGGGAGGUCAGGAAUAAAUCGGGAUUAAGUUGUUUUGGUGGAUUCCUUCCUCGUCAGUUCCGGCUGUUUGUCCUUUCUGUGUGUGUGUGUGUGUGUGUUCACCAUUGGGAGCGGUGGGUCAGGUGUAGCCUCUAUCUGUGUGUGUGUGUGUCUGAGAGACAGAGGGGAUAUUGGAAACGCAGGGACAGGACUGUCGCUGAUGUAGUGAGACUGGAACAGCCUCCAGCCCCUUCCCCCUCCGAGCAGAGGGAGAGCCAGGAAGGCAGCGUGUCCUGAAUGCAGUAUUCGCCCGGCUGAACCCCUCCUCCUGAUGCCAGUGCAACCCAGGAGUGAUCGCACCAGCUCUAAAGGAGAUGUUCUAACUGCAUGUCGAUUCACAGCCGGCGGGGUUGUCGAGGACGCCUGAUCCACCCCUUCUAGAGCGGAUAGGCCUCUCCCUCCCUCACAUCAGGACAUAUCUCUGUCUCCCUGUAUUCCAGCCACCUCCCCCAAACCCCCCCUCACUCUCUCCCGGUGGACCCUGUACGACCGGCGUCUGCGCCGAAGUUCGUGCCGUAGUCUCCAGAGCUGACUUUGUGAUGGCUUCGCUGUAUCAGAGGAUCACGGGGCAGAUCAACACCUCCAGAUCUUACCCAGCUCCCGCCGAGGCCAGUCACCUUCUCGGUGGCCAGUGCAAUGAUGAAGACAACGGAGGGAAAACUGCACGGUCCCUGGAAGACAACCGAGCCCGGUACCAUUACCAGCACAGAGCUGACUGUGAGGACGAUGAUGAGCUGGUGGGGAGUAACCCUCCUCAGAGAAACUGGAAAGGAAUUGCAAUCGCACUUCUGGUCAUCCUGGUUAUCUGCUCACUGAUUGUUACUUCGGUUAUCCUUCUUACUGAACCUGAGGAUAACAGCCUGGCGUCACUGGCAAAGGUGCGAAUUGAUGAUCUCUUCAGCGAAGAAUUCCAGAUUCAUGACGUGGAGGCCAAGUGGAUUAGCGAUACUGAACUGCUGUAUCGCACCUCGGAUGGCAAUCUGGAGAGACGGAAUAUCGAAACCAUGGAAAAGACCCUUCUGAUGACGGACCGGAAAUUUGAAGAAUUUAAAGUCAGCAGAUAUGAAGUAUCACCUGAUAUGAAGUAUGUGCUACUUGCGUACAACGUAAAAAAGACUCAUCGGCAUUCUUUUACAGCCUACUACACCCUGUGUAAUUUAGAGACUUGGGAGCACCUCACCUUGAAUCCACCCGAGGUUAGGGAUGCGGAACUGCUGUAUGCAGGCUGGGGAGUCAAAGGCCAACAGCUGAUUUUCAUUUUUGAGAACAACAUCUUCUACCAAUUGAAAGUUAGUAGCCGUGCUAUACGUCUGGUAGCGACUGGGAAGGAGGGGGUCAUUUUCAAUGGCCUGAGUGAUUGGCUCUAUGAAGAAGAACUUCUGAAAACCAAUAUUGCUCACUGGUGGUCCCCGGAUGGAGCCAGGUUGGCCUAUGCUACAAUUAAUGACACAAAGGUCCACACAAUGGAAAUCCCGAUGUAUCUUAGCUCCUUGUAUCCCACUGGGAAGACAUAUCCUUAUCCAAAGGCUGGCCAAGAAAAUCCGACAAUCUCACUAUUUGUGGUGAACUUGAAUGGACCAACUCAUACUCGCGAGAUGAUCCCUCCCGAAGACACCAGAAUGAAGGAAUACUAUAUUACCAUGGUGACAUGGGCAAGCAGCACUAAGCUCGCAGUGAACUGGCUGAACAGAGCCCAGAAUGUUUCUAUUCUCACUUUAUGUGAGGCCACGACUGGCAUUUGCACUAAGAAACACGAGGAUGAAAGUGAAAGCUGGCUCUCCAGGCAGAACGAGGCUCCUUUAUUUUCCAAAGACGGAAAGAAGUUUUUUUUCAUCCGCCCACUCCCACAGGGAGGCCGAGGGAAGUUCCACCACAUUGCCAUGUCAUCUGCUCAGGUUAACAAUAGUAAUGAUAAUUUACAGUCCAUCACCUCUGGUAACUGGGAUGUGACACAGAUUUUGUCAUAUGAUGAAGUGCAUCAAAAGAUUUACUUUCUAAGCACAGAAGACUCCCCUUUGCGCCGACAAUUGUACAGUGCAGAGACCAAUGGAACCUUUAACCGACGCUGCCUGUCAUGUGAUCUAAUCCCGAAUUGCACUUACUUCAGUGCGUCGUUCAGCCACAACAUGCGUUACUUCUUGUUGAAUUGUAAAGGUCCAAGAGUCCCAAGGGUCACAGUUCACAGUACCAGUGAUCGUCACAAAGUUUUUGAGUUGGAGCUGAAUGAGAAGGUACAAAAUGCUACAGAGAGAAUGCAAAUGCCCAAAGUAGAAUUCCAGGAUGUUCAGAUAAAGGAUUAUUCACUGAAAAUGCAAAUUAUGAAGCCAUUAGCAUUCUCAAAUAAGUCCCGGUACCCUUUGUUACUUAUCGUUGGUGAUAGUCCUGGUAGCCAGAUUGUCACGGAGCAAUUCCAAGUAGAUUGGACAACUGUACUGGUGAGUUCAUUCGACACCAUUGUGGUAAAGUUCGACGGACGUGGCAGUGGCUUCCAAGGCACUAAAUUGCUGUACGAAAUAAAGAGAAACCUGGGCAUAGUGGAAGUAAAGGAUCAAAUAGAUGCUCUAAAGAGCCUUUUGAAGGAAGAUUACAUUGACCCGAACAGAGUUGGUGUUUUUGGGGAGGCUUAUGGUGGUUAUCUGAGUUUGAUGCUGCUUACCACGGAGAAAGAAUUUGAUACAAAAAAUGCCCUAUUCAAGUGUGGAAUAGCACUUUCUCCAAUCACAGACUUUAAACUCUACGCCUCUGCAUUCACUGAGCGCUAUUUUGGUACACUCAGCAGAGCUGACAGAGGGUAUGGGAUGUCGGAAUUAGAAUAUCGAGUGACCCGACUCCAAGAGGAAGAAUUGCUGCUAAUCCAUGGAACUGCAGAUGAAACUGUCCAUUUCCAACAUACAGCAGAUCUUAUAACCCACUUAAUCAGUGCAAAGGCUAACUAUUCAUUGCAGAUAUAUCCUGAUGAAGGCCAUUACAUGGAGAAACCCACAGUCUGGCUGCACCUACACAAAACCAUUAUCAGGUUCUUCGAGAAGUGCUUUAGGUGCCCAAACAAGAACACAGAGACAUCGAAAGUGGGGGACGAAGAGGAUGACUAGAUCGUUUUUGAGCGGCUUGCCAAGCACAAACAUCUCUUUUAUAAAACACAACUGAUUUUGUUUUCCAGAACAGUGUUAUGUUUAGCAUGUUACAAAGACUGAGAGCAGUAACUGCCUGCUUCACUGACAUCACUGCGGUCUCAUCAGAAGAACUUCCAGCAUGAAAUUAACAAUCAGAGUGGUUGACUGUUCCAGUGUAACUGACGUUCCCACCCCUCCCCACCCCUCCGCCUCUUUCCCCCCAACCCCUCCCUCUCCUACCCAUUUUCCUCCCCCUUCCUGGAAACCUAAAGUGUCAACCUUUGUAAUUUCUCACAUGCCAAGGGGGAGCAUGAAAGAAUACACUUAAUGGAAGAUGGAGGAAAGCGCCGUUAGGUUCAGAGGUCGAGUAGAUCAAGAGGGCCCAACAUGCUCUGCAAACGCCUUGUCAGGGUCACUCUAGAUAUGGAGAAGAACAGUAAAACCACCCCCCCUUCCCCCUAACCCCGGUAUAUCAGCGAAUGUUUCAUGGCGUGAGGUGGAAAUCUAACUGCACAAGCAGCAGUUUCAGAGCACAACCUGUAAGACAAGAAAAUCCUUUCACUUGAAGUGGAGCCUCCAUUAUUUGUAUUUCAAUUAUCCUCCUGCACCCAUCCCACACCCCCUCCUCUCUAUUUGGAUUUUCAUGGAACAAAUCUGCAGGUGGGAUAUAGCCUCCUCGCUGUAUAUGCCCCUCCUCCCUGAUUAUGUCAACCACAUACCCCAAGAAUGAUUAACAUUCACUAUAUUUUGUAUAUAUAGCUCUUGCCUCCAUUCCCACCUCUAAGGUAUUGUCAGGACCUUGGUGAUUUGCAAUUACCUCUGUCCAUAAGGCAGUUCCAUUGCUAUCAUGGCAGAUGUUUAAGGUUUUGCUUGUAAUUCCGCAGUUUGAAGCCAUUUGGUUUUACUCAACGUGGGGCUGCAUUGUCCAAAUACACUCAGCUGCCAUUCCUUUGUUGUGUGAAUGUAAAGUUUUUUCUUUUCUUCUCUUCUGAAUGUGUGCACAAAGUUCCACAUUCAUCUCCAGUUCACCCCAUUCCAGCAGGAACAUUGAAAGCCAGCUGUGAAGUUCAGAGUUCCUUUGCUGUUACUUUAAUGAAUGUAUAUCCUUGAUGCUGACAAUAAUGUUGCAGGUUUCCAAAUGCCUUUCUUCUUUGUAUGUUGUGUGACAGUCUUAUAACAUUCAUCCGUGCAUGGCAACACACCUCACCAUCUCCGGAAUGAUUGCAAAGUGCUUGCUUUCGGUGUACAGUUGCAAUGUUGCUCUUAUUUAGCAAUGUGAACUUUUAUUUUCAUGUAUCCCUGUUUUCUUUGCUCUAUAGCUAUCAUACAUCAACAGAGUUGCCUUCUCCAUCUCCAUCACAUUUCUCAUUGAAUUAGGUUGGUGUUCGGUAAUAUACCUUUAACGGUCUGUAUGCAAUAAUUACAUUGCAAGUUCAAGUCACUCAUUGAUUUGAUCUCUGCACCCCAGAGAAACUGUAUCCAUCGUCUAAUUUGCCCCAGUUAAUCUUGUUAUUUUGCAAUACAACUUUAUGCUUAGCCAUCAUAAGUGACAAGGAUAGAUGGACAACAAUAAUCAAGUCAUUAAGGUUUUGUAUAUGUUCUUAAAUAAAAUGGCAAAAAAAGCAUCCUAACAUAUUUUACGUCCAAGUUACUGUUGGAGCUCACGUACUGAAUAUUGUUGUGAUUUGUGAAAAAUAUUAUUGGUUAUAUUUUUUAAUUAUUCUGAAAAUAAAUGAGGGUGGAGAGGGGGUGAAAAAUAUUGUCAUUUGUGGAACAAAAGAAAAGGUUGAUGUAGCGCUCAGACGAUCAACAAUGUGGACAAUUCCUCAUGAAAUCAUCUCCGAUUUAUGGGUUUUUGUGUUCUGACUACAGGUUUAGUAAAUGGCUCAUUUUGCAAUGUAACCCUCCCACCUAGGAAUCUCAAUGUCUCCCCUUUGCUUAGGCUCCUUUGAUUUCAGAACCAUGAGGAUACCAGUUGUAACAUUAGACUAGACAACCAAGGGCUGGAUUUUCUUGCUGGAGUUCAGACCUCAACACCAGGCCUGUACUGGGGGUUUUCAAGCCCAUUGCUUCCUAGCGGCCUCCUAACCGACUACUUCAAUGCUUGACGUCUUAUUAGAGAAGAGGAGUGAACGCUCAAGACUCCAGGUGCAAUCAAAGGGCCCACAGUAAAGUCAGGCUGGCAGAGGUGGCAGCUACCAUGGAGCACUCUUGGCUGCCUACAUAUAUUUAAUGGAACCAUGAUGCCCACAGCCAGCAGGAACUUUAAGGUGGAUGGCAAACCCCUUUUUACGGGAUAAUGAAAGAUGGUGGAAAGCUUUCGACCUCCCGUAGUCCUUGUCAUUUGGCCUUGGAACCUCUGGCGCUGGUGGCUGCUGUUGGGAAGCUGCUUCACAUGGGCAUUUACCACCUUGGUAAAGGGAGGAAGGUGGUGAGGAGUGAUCUGAUUUAGACUGCCAUUUUCUUUGCCCCACAACCCCCGUCUCCAAGGUUGGGAAAACCUAGCCCUUGUGUCCUUAUCCUCAUUCUGAAAAGCACCCUCAUAGCAUCAGUCUAUUGCUUAAAUCACUCCUGAUCUUGGUCAUCUUGCCCAAGAGUCCUUCACAACACAGACUGUGUGAAGGAACCCAUAUGAAUGAUGACAGUUAAUCCGGUUUUUUGGAGUAAUUACAUCCAAUAUCCUUUUAGACCUUUAAACAUUUGCACUUUCAUACUGGUUCAUCUAA